AUGUCACGCCUUAGCAGGUCGAGGAUGCAGACAGAGCCACAGAUGACCUUGGUGCUGCACGCAAGCAACUAUCCUGCACGCCAAGGCAUCUCUGUGGCGAAGACACCGCCUUUUACCCCUCCAUCUACCCCUGGUAGCCCGGAGCCAGUACCACAAAUGAUUCCGCUUGGCAGAGCAGACCUGCCGGCCAAGCCACUUGAGAUGCUGUGA